AUUCACAUGGACGAUUUUUAGAACUAGGACUAAAAAAUAAAAAACAUGUCAUGGUGGUACAAGUCGUAAGUAUACCGCGAAAAGUAGUUAAUACAGUUACAUUCACACAUGAGACCAACCUAUAAAACCAUCAAACACAAUGUAAUGUCCCUUAUACAACACUCAACUAACCUCAACCAUCUUCUCCAAAUCCAUGCUUUAAUUCUCAAAAUCGCUUUAGACAUCAACGUUGUUGUCCUAACCAAGCUAUUAGGUAAGAUAUUGACACCGAUCGCUGAUGAUAUCUCGUAUGCCCGCAACCUGUUUGACACAAUUCCUCAACCAGAUACUUUCAUGUUCAAUACCAUGAUUAGAGGUUACCUAAAAUCAAACAACCCUGAAGAGAGUCUGUCACUUUUUACGAGAAUGUGUCGUUUUGAUGGGAUUUGUAUUGAUAGUUUUAGCUUAUCGGUGGUUCUUCAGUCGUGUGGGAGAUUGGUUGAUAGUGAGAAUGGGGAAUCUUUACAUGCUUAUUGUUUGAAACAUGGUUUUGGGUCUGAUUUGUUUGUUCAGACGGCGUUGAUUGAAAUGUAUGGGAGAUUUGGUUUGGUGGAUGUUUCGAGGAAAGUGUUUGAUGAAAUUAAGGAUCCGGAUUGUAUUUCUUGUAAUGUUAUGUUGGGAGAAUAUGUUAGAGUUAGGGAGAUGGGAUUGGCUGAAGAGUUUUUUGAUAAGAUUUCUGAUAGAGACUUAGUUUCUUGGAAUACUAUGAUUCAUGGCUAUGCUUCGAUUGGUGAUGUUGAAUCUGCCCAAGAUUUGUUUGAUACAAGUACUAGAAAGGAUUUUGUUUCUUGGAGCUUCAUGUUCCCAACCUGCGCAAAAUCCAGGUGCUCUAGUAAUGCUUUGAAACUUUUUCAUGAAAUGCAGUUAUCGAAUGUAGUGCCUGAUCAGAUCACAAUGGUUAGUGUGUUGUGUGCAUGUGGAGAUAUAGGUGCUUUAGGUAUGGGAAAGAUGAUCCAUGAGUACAUUAAAAGAAGUUGUAUCGAAAUAGGUAUAAGGCUCGGUACAUCUCUUGUUGACAUGUAUGCAAAGUGUGGGGAUAUAGACAAUGCAGUGAGUUGUUUUAAGCAGAUGAGUAAGAAGGAUGUUUUUGCCUGGAGUGCAAUGAUAAUGGGGCUUGCUAACCAUGGGUACGGUGAGGCUGCACUUGAUCUUUUUUCUAAAAUGAUAUCUGAAGGAACUAAACCCAAUGAUAUCACCUUCAUAGGUGUGCUGACAGCAUGCAGUCACAUUGGCUUAUUUGACAAGGGGUGGACAUAUUUUAAUGCUAUGAGUAAUAUCUAUUGUAUUCCUCCCAAAAUUGAACACUAUGGAAACAUGGUUGACAUUCUGGGCCGAUCAGGGAGACUUCAGGAAGCUAGAGAACUUAUUAGAAGCAUGCCUUUCGAACCGGAUGCAGUAAUUUGGAGAGCCCUUCUUGGUGCGUGUAAAAUUUAUAGGAAUGUAGAACUGGCAGAAGAAGCUAUAAUAAAACUUGUAGCACUAGAACCCAAUGUUGACAGGAAUUUUGUCCUGUUGUCAAAUAUAUAUUCUCAAGCCAAACAGUGGGACAAGGUUGUCAAUGUGAGAAGGAUUAUGAAAAACAACAAAAUCCAGAGGAUCCCAGGGAGCAGUUCGAUUGAAAUUGGGAACGAAGUCCAUGAAUUUAUUUCUGGUGAUGAAUCACACUUGCAAUCUGUUGAAAUCUAUAAGAUGUUAUCUGAGAUUAUGAAUAGAUUGAAAGAAGCAGGCUAUGUACCUUUAACAACCUCUGUUCUGCAAGAUAUUAAUGAUAAAGAGAAAGAGACAUUGCUUGUUCGUCACAGCGAAAAGCUUGCAAUAGCUUUUGGUAUUCUUAAUACAGCUCCAGGAGUCUCAAUUAGAAUUGUUAAGAAUCUCCGUGUUUGUGAUGACUGCCAUUCAGCCAUAAAAAUUAUCUCCAUAGUUUAUAAUAGGAAGAUCAUCAUUAGGGACCGGAAUCGGUUUCAUCAUUUUGUUGCAGGGACAUGCUCAUGUUAUUCAGACUCCUAUACUCAGUGGGAACUGCUGGCCUUGAACGGCACAAAUGACUGCGAGAAUGAUGGGUCUUGUAACGGGUCUAAUGGCUCCAAUAGAUCUAAUAGCUUGGAGGAAAAUGGAUCUAGUGGUUCAGAUGGGUCCAACAGUUUAAAGCAGUCUAAUGGCUGGAUGAGUCUAGUAGGUGACAUGGAUUUAAUGCUUCAGAUGGGUCAGUAA